AUGGACGCGUCCCUGAGGGCCCCGCUGUUCAUAUUGGCCGUGCUGGCCCUGGCCAGGAUGCUGUGCCCAGCGGGCGCCACAAACCCUGCCUAGUUCCCCCACCUUGAGGGCUGUGUCACAGACGCAGUGGAGAACUAGAAGGGCUCGCAGAGUGCCCUGGACUUCACCAUCAGCGAGUACAAGGCCAGCAACAACAAGUUCCACAGCCUCAUGGUGUGGGUUGUGUGUGCCAGCCAGCAGAUCGUGUCUGGGGUGAACUACUUCUUGGAUGUGGAGAUUGGACGAACCGUAUGUACCAAGUCCCAGCCCAACUUGGCCACCUGUCCCUUCCAUGACCAGCCACACCUGAAGAAGAAAGCCCUCUGCUCUUUCCAGAUAUAUACUGUUCCUUGGCUGGGCACAACCUCCAUGACAAAAUCUAGCUGCCAAGACGCAUAGAGGGCUGCAUAGCAGGUGGCAGCGCUGACGGCUCUUACCCUGCCCCUUUAGAGCACUGUCACUCCUCUUGGGCAUCUUAGCCCUUAGGUUGGUGGUCCCACCCUGCCCUCCUUCGAGUGCCAGCCCCAGGAGAACGACAAAGUUUCUCGGUGUCUUUGGAGCAGCUCAGUGGCUCUAACCCUGCUCCUUUUCAUUGCUUUUCAAAUGCACCCAGCCCAUGGUGCACCUGUUCUGCUCUUACUGUAUUCAAUAAAAAGUAACAUCAGCUA